UUUCAACGCCAUCUAAAGUUGGCCUGCAAUCGCCGCCAUGUCCAAGCGCUUUCAGAACCUAAGCAAAUAUAGGAAUUCAGUCUUGUCUGCAGCAAAGCGUGAGGAGUGGUGGUCGUUACCCAGCGGCUAUGUAAACACCUCAGGCGACUCCACCCCGGUCCAUGCCAGCGCUGAUCUCGUUGCAUUUCGCUCGGGACCCUCUGGCACCGCAGUCGGUGUUCUUUCGUUGAAACAUGCCGGCAAGAUUGCGGCGGGUGCACCCACUGUGCAAGCAGGCUCUGGGAUGAUAUCUGAAGUCCAAUUUAGUCCAUGGGACACGCGGAAAGAUACUGAUGUCCUAGCAACGGCGGGAGAUGAUGGUACUGUUAAAUUCUGGGAUGUUCCGAAAACCGGAUUGACCGACAGUUUGUCGAGUCCAACAUUUAUGCGACGCUGCCAUGAGCGACGCGUUGAGAAUAUGCUCUUCCACCCCACAUCCGAAGGGCUGUUUACAACGUCUGGGCUCGGAGAGAUCAAAAUCUGGGACGUAAGAGCGGAAGAGGCAUCUUACACCAUAAUUGCAGGAGAUUUUGUUCAAUCGAUUAGCUGGAAAGACGAUGGUUCCCUCCUUGCGAGCGCGAGUAAAGAUAAUAUACUGCGUGUGUUUGAUCCGCGUAGUGCAGAAACGGCUAUAAUGUCAGGUCAAGCCCAUACCGGCGUAAAGCCAACAAAAGUGAUCUGGUUGGGCAGCUCUGAUUUGAUUUUGAGCACUGGAUUUUCCCAACGAAGAGAUCGAGAAUUUGCCAUAUGGGAUGCACGCAACCUGUCGUCUUCAUUAUCUUUGCACAAAAUUGACACGUCGCCGGGUAUCCUUACUCCCCUGUAUGAUGGCGAUACCGGUAUGCUAUUCCUUGCGGGCAAGGGGGAUACCAGUAUACGCUGGUGGGAAAUCAAAACAGACGAUCUAUCGUCCCCGGUGUCUCCCGGUGCCCUUCCGUACAACUCAAACGCAGUGUAUACCGCCGCGACUCUUGUGCCCAAGCGAGCUCUAAACGUCAUGGAAUGUGAAGUGAAUCGUAUUUUGACCCUUGCUUCAGACGGCAGUGCUAUUAUUCCUAUUUCUGUGACAGUGCCAAGGAAAUCGCAUAUUGAAUUCCAUUCGGAUAUCUUCCCAGAUACCAAAUCCACUUCUCCCCCUCUGACGGCUUCCGAAUGGCUGAGUGGUAAAACGAAACUUCCGGACCUUGUUAGUUUGGACCCAAAGAAACUUCCGUCCGUUGACAAGAUCCCAGUCGUUGCAUCUAUCCCACUCGCGACGCCCUCCGUUUCAACGCCUAAAAUGGUCAUUGGGGAAUCUUCUGCCAAGGAUUUGCAAUCAGCCACGCCGACUCCGUCUCAAAGCAAUGCGACUCCUAGACCUCAGCCCAAGUUCGUUGUUCCAAAACAGUCAGCCUACCGCUUCCUGAGCGGGAAAUGUCAGCCUAAAUACGAAGAUUUGAGGGGAUUAAGCACCAAUUUGACUGGGGAAAGCUCGGCAUUGGAGGCACACGAAAGACUUUUAGCAUUUCCAAUGGCGGGUCCUGGUGGGAGGGUUGGCAUUUGGCCUACGAAUAAAACUGGCCGGCUACCGUACAAGAUUCCCGCCAUAAUAUGUGGAGCUGACUUACUGGAUUUCAAGUGGAAUCCGUUUGAUAAAAAAUGUCUUGCGACAGCUACUGAUGACGGGAAAGUGCGCAUUUGGACCGUGGCUGAAGAUGGAAUCGCAGAUGAUGCUGUGGAACCGUCGCUCUACUUUACAGCCCACACAAAUAGAACCAGUCUCCUCCUUUUUCACCCCACUGUCUCGAAUCUCUUGUUGACUGCCUCUCCAGAACAAGGAUCACCAUCCGUGAAACUUUGGAACUUGAAAACUCAAAAGGAGAUUGCAACAAUACCGCAUCCGGAUGUGGUUCUUGGUUGUGCUUUCACACUAGAUGGAGAGAGAGUGGCUACUGUGUGUCGUGAUAAGUUUAUACGUGUAUUUGAUGCCCGGACUGGGAAGGAGCUGCAGAGUGGACCCAGUCACGAGGGAGUCAAAGGGUGUAGAGUGCUUUGGUUGGGUUCUACUGGUAGACUGUUGACCGUUGGAUUCGGCAAAGCCAGCCAACGCGAAAUCAACAUAUACGAUGAACAGAACUUGUCAUUUCCACUCCAUUCCAUUACCAUUGAUACCUCACCCUCGCUCCUCCUUCCCAUAUAUGAUGAAGACAUCUCAGUGCUUUAUUUAACGGGACGGGGAGAAUCGUACACGCUUAUUUAUGAGAUAACAGACAAUGGUCCAAUAUUUUUGACGAGAUUUGAUUCGCCCGGCACGCAGCAAGGCUUGUCCUUCCUGCCGAAGCGAUCGUGUGACGUGCGUGAGAUCGAAGUUGCAAACGGAUAUCGCAUCACGCAGUCCGCUAUUGAAACAAUAUCGUUCACGGUACCGCGGCUCAAGAAAGAGUAUUUCCAAGACGACAUUUACGUUCCAACUCGGGAUGUGGAGAAACCACUUCUGGACAUUGAUGAAUGGCUCAAGGGAGAAAAAGCAAUUGCUGACUUUAUUAAUCUGGCUCCAUCCGACAUGAUUUCAUUAUCCCAGGCGCCCGUUGAAGUCAAAGUCGAGCGACGCGCACAGGUGUUGGAGCAGGAGCAAUCUGAAUCCGAGAGGGCGGCCGCUAGCAUGCAACAAAUGUUUGAGCGAGCUCGGGUGGAUGCUGAAGAAGAAAAGCUACCCCAGGAUGAGAUGGAGGGAGUGGACGAUGAUGAGUGGGAUGAUUAAUGUAUCGUAAAGUAAACCAUACACGAAAACUUGGGUAGAUAUUAAACCUCGGUUCGCUAGUAAUAAGAAUUUAUAUGUUGGUCGGUCGAAGUGUUUUCAAGAUGGGUGGACGUCCAGCCUAUAAGCCUACUUGUUUUCACCCAAAAAGUUUCCUGGCCUCCAUCCAUCCUUCUGUGAACA